GGGAAAAUGAAGCAAAAUUGGUGGAGGUCAGCUUACAAGCAGAAUCACUUGGUUUUCAAGUUAGGGAUUUCGAUUUUGUUCGUGGGUUUUGGAUUCAGACUUCUUUUCUCACAAUCACCCAGUGUGAUCCCUGAUGUUUCUGAUAAUAAUACUGAUACCCCUGUUGCGGAGAAGAAUGUGAAGCCGAUUCCUUUAGAUGUUUCUGAAUCUCCCAAAAUAGAAUUGAAUCAUAUUCGUCCCAAAGAAGAUGGAUCAGAAAAGUGUGAUAUUUUGGAUGGUGAAUGGGUACCAUAUUCCGGCGGAGCACCAUACACCAAUAACACCUGCAGAUGGAUCGAAAGUCAUCAAAACUGUAUGGGAAAUGGUAGGCCGGAUACAGGGUACAUUAAUUGGAGGUGGAGCCCUAAAUCUUGCGAAUUACCUCGUUUUGAUGCGAAGAAAUUUCUGGAAACGAUGAGGGAUAAAUCGUGGGCUUUUGUUGGCGACUCAAUAACUCGGAAUCAUCUUCAAUCCUUCAUCUGUCUUCUAUCUGAGGUAGAAGAUGCUGUUGAGCUUUUCCAUGAUAAAGAUUACAAGAACAGAAAAUGGCAAUUUCCAUCCUACAACCUUACAGUCUCGGUUAUUUGGUCUCCUUUUUUAGCAAAAGCAGACAUUUUUGAAGACAUCGAUGGUGUUUCAUCUUCAGAAAUAGAACUCCAUAUUGACAUUCUUGACAAAACUUGGACUGAACAAUUUCACACAUGGGAUUACGUGUUGUUCUCCUCUGGUAAAUGGUUUAUCAAAACAGCAAUCUACUUUGAAGAAAACACAAUUUUAGGUUGCCAUGGUUGUGAAGGAAAGAACUUCACUGAUCUUGGUUUCAAUUUUGCUUAUCGAAAAAUCGUAAAGAAUUUAUAUGAUUUCAUUAUGAAUUCAAACAAACAAAGUACGAUUAUUUUCAGAACAUCAACCCCAGAUCACUUUGAAAAUGGGUCAUGGUCAACGGGUGGGACCUGUGAUAGAAGGGUUCCAGCUAAAGAAGAAGCUCAAGCUUCUGAAAAAGGGAAGAAAUUGAAGCUUCUUGAUGUGAUGCCUCUUUCAUUGGUGAGACCAGAUGGGCAUCCAGGUCCAUAUAGACAUUUUUACCCUUUUGCAAAAGAUAAGAAAGCUAAAGUUCAGUAUGAUUGUUUGCAUUGGUGUUUGCCUGGGCCAAUUGAUCAGUGGAAUGAUUUGUUGAUGAAGUUAGUGGAUUACAAGAUCCAAAAAUGGCAUUUUCCAUCGUACAACCUUACAGUAUCCGUUAUUUGGUCUCCUUUUCUUGUAAAAGCCGAGACAUUUGAAGAUAAAAACCAGUCCUCUGAAAUACAACUCCACGUUGACGUUCUUGACAAAAUCUGGACCCAACAAUUUGACACAUGGGAUUACGUCUUGUUCUCCUCUGGUAAAUGGUUUGUAAGAACAGCGAUCUACUACGAAAACAAUACCAUUCUCGGUUGCCAUGGCUGUGAGGGAAAGAACUACACUGAUCUUGGUUUCAACAUUGCUUACCAGAAAGUCGUAAAGAAUCUUUUUGAUUUCAUUAUGAAUUCAAACAAACAGAGUACGAUUAUUUUCAGAACAUCAACCCCCGAUCACUUUGAAAACGGGCCAUGGUCAAGUGGCGGGACUUGUGAUAGAAGGGUGCCUGCUAAAGAAGGUGAGUUUGAGUUGGGAAUAUUUAAUAGAAUCCUACGAGAGGUUGAAUUGCCUGAAUUUGCAAAAGCAAAAGCUCGAGCUUCUGAAAAAGGGAAGAAAUUGAAGCUUCUUGAUGUGAUGCCUCUUUCGUUGGUGAGACCAGAUGGGCAUCCAGGUGCAUAUAGAUAUUUUUACCCUUUUGCAAAAGAUAAGAAAGCUAAAGUUCAGUAUGAUUGUUUGCAUUGGUGUUUGCCUGGGCCGAUUGAUCAGUGGAAUGAUUUGUUGUUGAAGUUAGUGGUAGAUGAUUGA